UACUAGUAUAUAAUUACAGUAUAUAUAAAAUAAUCAAAAUGUUCUACACGCAUUUGAAAACUUACAUUUCAUUCAGUAAAGACAACAUGAACAAAAUCAAGUGGCGAGUUGCACAGUUCCUAAUGCUUGUCUCGAUGGCGAUUUUCAAUUUAAUGAGUGUAUCGUCCGAGAAGAUAUCGACAGAUGGUACCUUUGUGUGCGGGUUUCCAAUGGUGACGAAAAUGCAAGAAUUGAUGUUGGGCUUCACGGAAAUUAAAACUGACAUCAAAUUUCUGAAGAAAAAGAUUGUCCAACUUUCUAAAGAAGUGUCCUAUCUUAGAAAGGCAAAUAAAAAUCUGAGAGAGGGGCACCGGCGGCUUAAUGUUUCAUUGAAGCAUCUAAAGAGUACCUGCUCUGGGGUUAUGAAAACGGAUGAGAUAAUGAAGAGACUUUCUCUCAAGGAUUGCGCCUCCAUUUUGAAACAUAACCCCAAAACACGUGGCAAAAAUGGAGUGUACACGAUUUACCCAGAGUUCAACACGAAGGCGGAAGUUUAUUGCGACAUGACAACAGAAGGAGGAGGCUGGACAGUGAGUGAUGGAUAUUCUCUAUUUCUGUUUUGUAAAUAUCGGCAAAGGACUUUGUCUGAUAAGGACCUGAUUUGGUCCACUAAGAUGACAUUCUAUGCUUACUCAUAUUUUUUUUUAUGA